CCUGCAUAGCGGCACGAAGGCGAGCGCAUUCCAGAAAAGGGGGGGAGGACGAAGGUUGAACCAAGCAGGCGAGCGAGGAGCGGAGGGGAUUUGGGGACCAAUUUCCCCCCGUUUAGAUUCCACUGGAACAUUCAGAAAAAUGCUUGGAUUCCUAAAGCAGCCCAUUGUCUUCUCGGUGGAGAUCAAUGUAAACCUGGCGGUUUUGGCUGUGAUCGGAUUAAUAAGCCGGCUGUGGGCGCUGUCCUAUCCGAGAGCUGUGGUUUUUGAUGAAGUUUACUAUGGCCAGUUCCUCUCCUUGUACAUGAAGCGGAUCUUUUUUGUAGAUGACAGCGGCCCACCAUUUGGCCACAUGCUUUUUGCUUUUGGAGGUUAUUUGGGUGGAUUUGAUGGAAAUUUCUUGUGGAACAGGAUAGGAGCAGAAUACAGCUCCAACGUGCCAAUUUGGGCUUUGCGGCUACUACCAGCAGUAGCCGGUGGCUUAUGUGUUCCCUUGGCAUACCAAAUAUUGGUCGAGCUACGUUUCACCCAUUUCGUUGCCCUGGGGGCUGCAGUCCUGAUUUUGUUCGAAAAUUCACUUAUUACUCAGUCCAGACUGAUGCUGUUGGAGUCAAUCUUAAUUUUUUUUAUCCUGUUGGCAGUAUUAUCUUACCUGAAGUUUUACAACUCGCAGAAACAAAGUCCUUUUUCUGCAAGGUGGUGGCUCUGGCUGUUGCUAACAGGGAUCUCCUGUUCCUGUGCAGUUGGGGUGAAAUACAUGGGCCUCUUCACUUACGUCCUCAUUUUGAGCCUUGCGGGAAUCCAUUGCUGGCAACUGAUUGGCGAUCGCUCCUUGUCCAACAUCUCCCUGCUGUGGCACAUCGUAGCUCGUGGAUUUGCUCUUCUGGCCAUCCCAGUCGCGCUGUAUCUCUCGUUUUUCUACAUCCACUUGCUUUUGCUGUACCGUUCCGGGCCCCACGACCAAAUCAUGAGCAGCGCUUUCCAAGCCAGCUUAGAGGGGGGUCUUUCUCGCAUCACUCAGGGGCAGCCCUUGGAAGUGGCUUAUGGGUCCCAGAUUACGUUGAGGAAUAUCUUGGGCAAACCCUUACCUUGCUGGCUUCAUUCCCACCGGAAUACCUACCCCAUCAGGUAUGAAAACGGACGGGGCAGUUCCCAUCAGCAACAGGUGACCUGCUAUCCUUUUAAGGAUGUGAAUAACUGGUGGAUUGUCAAGGAUCCCAGGAGGCAGCAGCUGGUAGCUAGCAACCCUCCACGGCCCGUGCGGCACGGCAACAUUGUGCAACUGGUCCACGGAAUUACCACCCGUUACCUUAACACGCACGAUGUGGCUGCGCCCCUGAGCCCACACUCACAAGAGGUGUCCUGUUACAUCGAUUACAACAUUUCCAUGCCCGCGCAGAAUCUCUGGAGAGUGGAAAUUGUGAACCGCGACUCGGAUAACGACAUUUGGAAGACAAUCCUGUCUGAAGUCAGACUGGUCCACGUCAACACGUCGGCAGUGUUAAAGCUCAGCGGAGCCUCUCUACCCGAAUGGGGGUACCGUCAACUGGAGGUCAUUGGCGAAAAGAUUUCCAAGGGCUAUCACCAAAGCAUGUUGUGGAACGUGGAAGAGCACCGAUACGGGAAAAGCCAUGAACAAAAAGAGAGGGAGGUGGAAUUGCAUCUGCCCACUCAGAUCAACAUCAGCCAGAAUCUCACCUUCCUUGCCAAGUUCACCGAACUGCAGUGGAAGAUACUCACUCUGAAAAACGAGGACACGGAACAUAAAUACAGUUCGUCCCCUUUGGAUUGGAUCACCAUGGACACCAACAUUGCUUACUGGUUCCAUUCCAGCUCAGGGGCUCAGAUUCAUCUCUUGGGCAAUGUCGUCAGCUGGACGUCGGCCAACGUGGCCACGGUCGUCUACGUGGUUUUGUUCCUGGGGUACCUCCUGCGGCGACAGCGGAACAUCCGGGAUAUCCCUGAAGAGAUGUGGCAGCAGUGGGUCCUGGCCGGAGUGAUUUGCGUGGGUGGAUGGGCUGUGAACUAUCUCCCUUUCUUCCUGAUGGAGAAGACGCUUUUCCUUUAUCAUUAUCUGCCGGCUAUUACUUUUCAAAUCCUCCUGAUCCCCAUCAUCCUGCAGCACACGAGCGACUUCCUCUGCAGGUCCAAACUUUCCAAGAGCAUGCACAGUGCUCUAGUCGCAGCCUGGCUGUCUUCCGUCUACCUUACAUACCACACGUUCCGUCCGCUCACCUAUGGUGAGCCGGCACUCCCCAAAGGCGAGUUGCAGGCCCUGCGCUGGAAGGACAGCUGGGACAUUUUGAUCCGCAAACGCUGACCAAGGCCAAGAAAUGGAUGGGCAAGUCUGCGUUGGAAGGAAGAGCGAGAAAAGGAAGGUGGAGGAAAGAAUUCAUCUCAAUUAUAAAUUCCUUCCACUUUGGACCAGUUCUGACGUUCCCUGAAACAGUAUUAUUGAAUUGGAAAUGGAGGAUUUGUGGGUUGUUUGGACAUCUUUUCCUGCUUCUCCCGCAGAGGAAAAAUCCCUGAGCAAAGUGAGAGCUGUUUGGACGAGCGAAAGGAACGUAGGCACACUUUUGCUCAUUGGGGGCAGACAAGCGGGGAGAAUCCACCCCCUGCUCUUGAGCAUGGAAAGAAUGCACAGGUCUUGCUAGCCAGAGACCACCUCAACGUGGAUGGGACUCAUUGCGGCCAUAAACGUUUGGGAACAUUGAAGUUUUGCAGAGCCACCUCUGGGGUUAAUGUGAAAGGGGAGGAGGGAGAAACAAAUCCAAAUGUGAAACUCGUACUUACGUCAGGACAUAAAAAGGAACGGGGCUUCCAUCUCUUGGUAUGUGUACCAUUACGAAGCCAGGGAGCAUUGCUGUGGGCCCCCCCAGAGGUCUCAACAGUGGGUGGCCAACAUGCUGUGGGAGAUCAGGAAGACUUGCGAGGGUUUACAGACACGAACUUCAGGUCUGGUAAAAGCUGUCCACCGUCAAGUUCCUUUUGCAGAAGCUUAAGUCUUUCUCUGUGACCUUACGAAGGACCCCAAAGGUCUGCCAAACCCAAAUUACAUGAAGGAGUAAGCAGGGCUGGUUUUUCCACCUUCUCCCAUCUAUGCCACUGCCUAAUUCAACCUUUUACCUGGCACCCUUCAAAGCAGUGGAUGCUUCCCCACAAAGCAUGCACAGAUUUGGACUAUCUCGCCCUCCCCAUGUAUGUCAGAAAGCAUCCAUUUAUUUUGCACUAGCAACCACGAUGGCCAGAGAGCCUGUCUGUUCAAAGCAAGCGUAGCAUUUGAAGGCUGCAAACAUCCAGAUCGCCACUAGAUGGCAGCAGAACCACGCAGAAAACCAUUUUGUUGUCCCCUAGUGGCCAUUCGAAGCAUGGCAGAGCAGGUAUGAUCACUCCUAGUUUAGAAAAUGGAGCUAGACAGCUUAGAAAAAUAUGUAAGUUAAUAAAAAUCAAGUGAUUUAGAUGUCCUGCUUGCAGCUGGGCACUUUGGCAGAAAAGUCUGCCUAAAAUGUAAGUUUAUAAUUUGACAAAUGCUGUGAAUUCCUAUUGAAUGAAGGUGCUGUAUUUAUUCUUUUGAUGAUGGAUUUGUUUUUUAAAAAAUAGAAAACAGAAUAGAAACAAAGGCACGGGUCAUUUUGAGUCUCUUUAAUUCUUUAACAAAGUCAAACAAAUGGAAGUAGUUUUGGGGAUUAAACUUUUAAAAUUCCACCCAGAUUUAUUGUAAAGUGAAGCUGGGGGAGGAACAAAAAAAUAAAGAUUACAUUAGCUUUCCAAAGCCAUAUUCUCUAAUUUUAGAAAGAUUUGAAUGGAUAAGUGGGUCUGGACACUGAGGUUGGUAAGGAAGAAGACAUGAACGUGGGCAAAUUUCUAAGCGUGUUCGUAUGAAGGCAGUGGGAAAAAGGUUAUUUCAGGACAAUUGCCUGCAAGCUGAUUUGCACAUAGUGCUUCCUGCUUUCUACGCAUUAUAGCGCUUUAUAACAAAGAUCUAUGGGGAGAUUGAUUUCUCCCACAGAAGGAAGACAGCUCCCGACCCCACAGGGAAGAUCUUAGACUGGGAAAAUAGUUUGCUGGAAGAGAGAAGGAUACUCAGCAAUUCUUUUAAUAAUUCCCCGUUGAAAGAAGGGAGCUGAACCUACCAUACCCAAUUCCAGAAGUGAAGGAAUUGUCUGGAGCAUCUAAUAUUUUUUUCAGGGACUGCAAAACAGCCAAGGAGAUGGGUCUACGUAGAACACUGUUAAUUUUAAGCAAAGAGGUGUUGAGGGGAGGGGAGGGGAGG